UUUUUUAAUGCGACAGUUUAGAUUGAGCAUCUCUCUGUGUUUUGUGUUUUGAAGAAACUGAAAAGACUUAUUGAACAACUUCCAACUGCUGCGUUCAAGGAGCCUCCAGAGCUCUCGUCUCCGGUCUGCACCACAAUGGGGAUCAAAGCUGCUCUUCCCAAGUAUGAGAUCUACUUCUACAACACGGUGCUGUGCCUGGCCAUGUUCUGGGCUGCCAGCUGGGUCUUAGAGGUUUCCAGUUCCAACGUUAACAGAAAGUCAUUCAAAACCAGCGUGAAGCCAGGAUGGUACUACUUUGGGAGGAGAAUGGACACGGCCGAUUACGAGUGGAUGAUGUGGUUUUCCACCUUCAGGGAGCACAUCCUGUUUGCCCUGUCCGGCCACGUGCUCUUCGCUAAGAUCUGCUCCAUGCUGGCUCCACAGUACAGGUCCCUGGUGUACAUGGCGUACGGCCUGCUGGCCGUGUGGACCAGCAUGGGCUGGACCUACGUCACCCUCAUCCUGUCCCACUGCAUCCUGCUCUACAGCAUCUCCUUAGUGAAGAUCCGCUGGCUCUGCUUUGCCACCGGCCUCUGCACUCUGGCUACCUUCAAGUGUGAACCCUUUGUGUCCUGGCAGGCAGAAUUUGUGGAGGGGGACUUCGAGCUGCGGAAGGUCCUCUUCUACGGAGGCUGCGGCUUCACCACCAUGCGCUGCAUCAGCUUUGCUCUGGAGAACUGCGAGAGGAAAGACGGAAACUACAACAUCCUGGAGCUGCUCAAGUACAACUUCUACCUCCCUUUCUUCUAUUUCGGGCCCAUCAUGACCUUUGAUAAGUUUUAUGUGCAAGUCAACAGGUCCGACCUGACCAGGAAAGAGAGGGAGAUGUGGAACAUCGGCCUGCAGGGCGCCAUCCACCUGGCCGUCGUCGUCGUGGUGGACGUCCUCUUCCACUUCAUGUACAUCCUCACCAUCCCCAGCGACCUGAAGCUGCUCAGGCACGUCUCGGACUGGGCUCUGGUGGGCCUGGCUUACUUCAACCUGGUGUACGACUGGGUGAAAGCAGCCGUGAUGUUCGGAGUCAUAAACACGGUGUCCAGACUGGAUCACCUGGAUCCGCCCAGACCGCCAAAAUGCAUCACGAUGCUCUACGUGUUCGCUGAAACCCAUUUCGACAGAGGGAUCAACGACUGGCUUUGCAAGUAUGUGUACGAUCACCUGGGCGGGAAACACGAUAACGUGGUGCAGGAGCUGGUGGCUUCACUGUGCACCUUUGGCGUCACCAUCCUGUGGUUGGGACCCUGCGAGGUGGUCCUCAUCUGGGCCUUCUUCAACUGCUUUGGUCUCAACUUUGAGCUUUGGAUGGCCAAAUUUUUCUCUCUGGAGCCGUUUUCGUCUUUCGAGGUCUCUAUAUCUGAAGCAACGUCCCGCCGCAUCAGAGCCAUUUUCAACACAUUUAACUUCUGGAGCAUCGUGUUGUACAACAUCCUGGCCUUGAACAGUUUGGACUUCGCCAAGCUGGUUGCCAAACGGCUGCUGCUCAAAGGCUUCCCCAUCACCACCGUCGUCGCCAUGUUUGUGACCUACUGUCUGGUUCAAGUGAUCAAGGAGCGAGAGAGAAAACAGGCGCUCAUCGACGAUCCCGACCCCCUUCCUCCUGCCGCGCCUACAAACGGCGCCGCCGCCAGCCCCAUCGCCUCCACAGCCACGCCGGCGGCUGCUUCUCCGCUGGCUUCAGACCCCAGCAAGGAAAAAGCAGAGUAAAUAUUUGCAGGUUAGGCUUAUAGUCAUAGACUGAAAGAUGUAACAGCUGAGUCUAGGUUUUAUAACACAUUUUGAGUGGAUGUUGAAAGAAAAACCACAUUUUCUGUAAAUAAAUUGAACAUACGGAAAGGAAAAUGUACACCUUAAAAAUAAAACCUUCACUAAUGAUUGUCAUGUGAAGUGCCCCGUGCACUGCUUAUGAGGAAAAGAAAUGAAUCGGUGUGAUUUUCUUAACAUCUGUGAUCAAGUCGAUACAGAAAUAAAUGCAAACGU